AUGUCAAAAGCAUGUACAUUAGAAAAUGGGGUCUUGAAUCUUGCAGUCCUUCGUGAAGAUUCUCGACGUGAACUGUUUUCCAUACUAGACUCUAUUGGAAAAGAUAUAUGUUUUGUAUUAGAUCCAGAUUUGAAUGGACCGUUAAAUCAUGUACUUGUUGAUGGCACAGCAGUCCUGAAAGAUCAUGGGGUGAAAGAUUUUCAUGCAUUUGGUAAAACCGUUAAAACAAAUUGUGAAUUUGUUCUAUUUCUAGUUCGACCAUCUGUACGUGCUGUACGUUAUGUCGCGAAAUACAUUCGUGAUCUAGGAAUGGAGAAAUCCGUGUCAAAGAAACGUUUUUAUCUGUAUUACGUCAGUCGCCGGACACUUGUAUGUGACGAAGUAUUGAAGAAAGAAGGUGUUUUUGGAAGUGUGAGUAUCGGUGAAUAUAAACUCGACUUGAUUCCAUUUGAUGACGAUGUCUUGACACUUGAGCUUGACUCGUGUUUUCGAGAGUUUUAUGUGGAUGGAGAUAAGACGAAUCUUCAUACUAUUGCAGCCUCACUUAUUAAACUUCAGACCGUGUUUGGGAUGAUUCCACAUAUUAAAUACAAAGGUACAAUGGCCAAAGUUAUUUAUCAAAUGAUGGCACAUUUUCGUCGCGAACAAGAGGUGGCAGGGAACCCCAUUGGUGUACUGGAUCCCGAGAUUGAUACACUUGUCUUAAUUGACCGCAAUGUGGAUCUAGUCACACCCAUGUGCAGCCCCAUGACGUACGAAGGACUGUUGGAUGAGAUUUUGGGUAUUACACAUGGAUUUGUGACGAUCGACGCCGAGCUUAUUGCAGAUGACGACGGACCCAACUCGGGGAAUACCAAUCGACCUGCCCAAGUGUCAGUGCCGCUCAACUCGAAUGACAAAUUGUACGCAGAUGUGCGCGACUACCACGUCGAGCGGCUUGGAAUGAACUUGCAGCAGCAGGCGCGAGAGAUUCGCGAGCGCUACGACGAAUUCCGCAAGAAUCGGGACGCCUCGAUCAGCGAGAUUCGAGAGUUUGUCAAGCGUAUUCCAGGCCUCAAGCAGAAUUACCAAUCGCUGCAACAACAUAUUAACCUGGCUGAACUAAUCAAGAAGACCACGGAUUCGAAAAGAUUUCGUGAUCUCAAGGACGCCGAGAACCUAGUUCUCACUGGUGAGACGAUUUUCGAGCAGCUCGAAGAGCGUAUCGGCUUUCAGGAACCGCUGCUUGGCAUUUUGCGUCAGUUUUGCCUGCAAUCGGUGGCUGCAGGCGGAGUCAAGACAAAAAACUAUGCGCAUCUCAGUCGAGAGCUUGUGCAGACGUAUGGCUUUGAGAUGAUGCUGGCAUUAAGUAAUUUGGAAAAGGCUGGGCUACUUUGUAAGCGCGACACCCUUUGGAACGACGCUAGCGGCUUUGGUCUUGCUCGUAAAUCCUUUCGUCUGCUGAACGAGGACGUGGACCCUCGCAACCCACGUGAUUGUGCUUAUGUCAGUCGUAGCCACGCUGCUGGUUAUGCUCCGCUGUCGGUACGUAUUGUAGAAAGUGCAAUUAAACCCCGUGGUUGGAGCGCUGUGCAGGAAGGCUUGCGUCAGCUUCCAGGGGCCUCGGGAGAGAUCUCACAGACGGCUAGUAAACGUUCAGGCGACGAUCCUGCAGCUUCUGCUGCCACUUCUAAGCUGGACAAUUUUGGCACUGAGGAGCGCAAAGUGUUGCUUGUGUACUACCUUGGUGGUGUAACCUUUAUGGAGAUUGCAGCUCUGCGUCAUGUGUCCCGUCAGCCUGACUGCCCAUAUGACAUUAUUGUGGCAACGACAAAGAUCAUCAAUGGCGACACGCUGCUCAAGUCGUGUUUUGACAAGGAGGUGCUGCGCUUUCUAAAGCUCUAA